AAUGAAUUAAUUAGAUGAAGUAGUCAAGUUUGCCCUCUAUUAAUGUAGAGCUAGAAACAAUCCUAUUACUGAAACUCUUGCAUCUUAUGUUGCAUAGACUAUUCUCAAUAAAAGUAUAUUUUCAUAAUAUUCAAAAAGGAACAAAUAAAUUUUAUCUGGAAGAAAAACUCAAUGAAAGUGAAUUGAAUGAAUUGAAAAAUGAAACACUUAAUAAACUCAGUAAUUAAAAUGCUCCAGAUUUAAAAACUAUACAAUUACAAAUAUGUAACAAUCUAUAAUAAUUAUUAAGAAUAUGAUAGUGCUUAUGUUGAAAUGGAAUUAUAAAGACAAGAGAAAAUCAAAAAACAAUCUAAUGAAACUGGAAAAUACAUUGAUGAUGUUGUAACUUUAGAAAUUAAGAAUGCCAAAGAUUUUGAAGGCUUAACUACAUUAUAUACUAAAAUGUUUCAUUAUUUGAUAUAUAAGAAUAAAGAAUUGAUUGAAGAUCCUAUUAAUUUUGAUGCUUAAGCUCAAUUCAAUAUGGAUAAAGGUAAUAUUAUUACUAUUCCACUUUAGAAGUUGGAGCUGCUUUAGAAAGUGUUAUUCCAAGAGCUGCCUUAGGACCUUUUGUAUCUUUGAAUCCCUCAGAAAAAGUUACACAAUUAGUUGAAUUGGCCAAUUUAGUCAUUGGUAUUAGAUUAUUCAAUAAGAAAAUUGGAAAAGGAGGAGUAUCAUUAAGUUCUUUAGAAGAUCUUACUAAAUAUAAUGCUAGAGAAUUAUCUGAUUAAAUUAAAUAAAUAGCACUUGAAACUAUAGAAUAAUGUGAAAUAUACACUACAUUCUUCAUUAAUUAAGACAAAUUUCAAAUGAGUAAUGAAGAUAUUGAAAAAUAUAAGGAUGAAUUAGCUUUUCUCAGAUAAUAUUUAUCUUAUAUCUUAUCAUUACAAGAAGAUAUUGAAUAAAGUGAAGCCAUGAUUGAACAAAAUAGAAUUAGAUUCAUUAAAGAAAUGGAAGACUUAAAGAAAUUAUUAGAACAUAAAUCAUCUGCUCCAAAAGAAUAAGUUUAUCCUAAAUUUGCAUUAUUAGCUCAAAGUCAUAUUGGUCUAUUUGAAGAUAAAUAAAUAUCAAUAGAGAGAGUGGAAUUAUUUAGAUUAUUAGUAGAUCUAAGAAAAAUGAUGAAACUAUCUAUGCCCUUAGCAAUAUAAAAAUAAUGUAAAUAAAUGGAAUCCACUUAACCUGAUAAUUUAGCUUUAAUUAAUUAUCAACCAGAAUCAGGAGUGUAAAGAUUAUUACCUUAAAACACCCCUGAUUUUAUGUAAACCUAAUUAGAUUAUUUUGGAUUUUGUAUUUGGUCUGUUGUAAAAAAGAAUGGUUUAUUAAUUCCUGGUAAACCAUCAUUGGGUGUUUUUAGAUAUAGAGAUAAGAAUUGUGUAUUUAGCAAUGAAAUAGCUAUUAAUGAAUUCUUGUCAGAACCAUAGAGAUAUUUAACAGGAGUGAUUGAUAUAUGUAGACAGAAACCACAUCUAAUUAGAUUAUUUAGAGUAGAAGAGAAUUUUAAGAAUCUCAAUUUAAAAUUAACAUUUGAAAGUGGAAGUUUAUUAUCUAAUAAAUUAAUGGUUGAUAAAGAUGUAUAAACACCUGUUCAUUUUAUUGAAAAGAAUCUUGAUCCAAAUUAUUGUUGGAAUGAAUGGGAAUUAAGAAGAAAAGUAUUUAAUAUAAAUAUUAUUAGGCUAUAUAAAUGGCUAAUAUAAGAAAAAGAUAGACUAAAGCAUCUUAAACUAUAUUAAGUAAUUUCAAAGUUGAUAGUGAAGUAAAUUCUAUUUAUUUUAUCUUAAUAGGCAUAAGUUUAUGAAAUGAAAGAUUAAUCUACUUCAACAGGAUAAAAUAAAGGAUUGAAUCCAUUAAGGCCAAGAAAUUAUAUUGUUGGCCUUAGAGAUAAAACAUAUAAUCAGCAAUGA